AGUUGUUCCACUUAAAGAGUUUAACUGUAUUAUUCAAAGUCAAAACAAUAUUAGAUAUCAAAUUAAUUAUUCAAACCUGAGAAAUAACAUUGUUUUAUUUUCCUCUCCAGGACUCCUCCCUCUGUACAGGCCUGCACCACACAGUUCAACAAAUUCCACACUGGAGAAAAACCGUCGACAUAACCUAGAGCCAAACCAAAUGUUUAUCGAGGACACUAAAGAAUACAAUUGUAUAUUUUGUCCACAUAAGUUCUUCCCAACCAAGGCCUGUCUAGAUUUCCACACUGCAGUUGUACAUAAUAAAUUCUGUGAAGUCUGCAAUCAGAGACUGGAUGAUGAACCAAAUGUUGAAGAACAUGGACUGAGACACACUGGUGAGAAGGAUUUCCAGUGUGAGUUCUGCUAUAGGCUGGUUGGAACUGCAGCUGGGUUGGCAUACCAUAAGAUGAAGGAUUUACAGUGUUUGAUAUGUGGGAAGAUGGUGCAGAUUGUUCGCAAAGCUAAACACAUGAGGUUACAUCAGCAAUAGAGCAAAACUAAUAGGUGUGUUAUAAAGAGAUGAAUAAACUAGAAUUAGAAAGCAAUAAAUUUGGUAAAUGGAAACCUUAAUUGCAUUUUAUACAUUGAAGGUAUCACAGACCAUUAGGCCACUUAACACCAGAAUGAGGAUCACUUGGACAAUUAACUCUUUGUAAAAAAAGAUAGUGAAUUCCAUUUACCAAAAAACUGCAGCAUCAACUAUUUUGACUAUGAAUAUUUUCAAAGGUAGUUCCCUUUCAAGGGCAAAAUGGUAUAUUAUGAUAUUAACUAAUAAACUACUGUUGUUAAGUUUUAAUACAGCAGUAAAAAUCUAAACCAAGAGUGAAAAGAUGUAAAAUGAGUGUGAAGAACACUCAACUAGCAGUAAACAUGAAAGCCAAUAGUGUGGAGAUAUGAAACAGGUGUAAAGAACACUCCAAUAGCAGUAAACAGAAAAGCCAAUAGUGUGAAGAUAUGAAACGGGUGUGAAGAACACUCCACUAGCAGUAAACAUGAAAGCCAAUAGUGUGAAGAUGUGAAACGGGUGUAAAGAACACUCCACUAGCAGUAAACAUGAAAGCCAAUAGUGUGAAGAUAUGAAACGGGUGUGAAGAACACUCCACUAGCAGUAAAC